ACCAUCCUGAGCUACUGUAAUGACACUAGCAGAGAGAGAGAUAGAUGGAGGGCAAAGCGAGCAGCAGUGGCAGCACUCUAAAUUUAGUCUACCCUUCUUAUUCACGCUAGUGAACUAAAUACCAAUGACAACAGACAAACUGACACCCACCCACCCAGUCAGUCAGUCACUUUGUCAGUUGGUUCAGACUGCAGUCCCCUCCACGGCAAGCCCCAGUGCCGGGGAGCGUGAGCACCACCACAGGUCGCACUACCCAGUCUGACCCUCUUGCCUCUCACCUUUCUGACUUCCUACCCUAAGGAGACAGGCACAACUUGCGACUCCCCCCUGAGGGUCCUUCAGGACAGGGGCAGCCAUGUCACAGUUCUCCACUAUGACAACCAGGGAGAGGAAAAUACAGGCGGCAGCAAUCUGCAGGGAGGUUCAAGCCCAGGAAGGUAAUAUAGAGAUGGAUCUUGGGAAGAAAAUGAGCGUGCCUAAGGACAUCAUGUUGGAGGAGCUGUCUUUUGCCUCAAACCGAGGCUCCCGUCUCUUCAAAAUACGCCAGAGACGCUCAGAAAAAUACACUUUUGAGAGCACCCAGAAUGAAAACAACAAGCAGCUCAAUAACACAAUGGUUUCUCAAACUGAGAAUGGGGACGCCACGGACAGCCACAGCGGCGAGAACAACUUGGGUGUCGACCAGCCACCUAAAGUGCUGUCCGACACACCAGAUACAAGAAUGGUGCCAAAUCCAGACAGGAUUGCCCCGGGGUACGGAAGUCCUUUGAAAGACAUCCCUCCAGAAAAGUUCAACAGUACAGCAGUGCCAAAGUCCUACCACUCACCCUGGGAGCAGGCCAUCAUCAAUGACCCGGCCUUGGCCGGCACUCUCAUCACCUGCAUACCCGAGCCGGAGCCCCGACUGGACCUACCAGGGUUCAAAAGUUUCAACAGGGUAGCAACCCCGUUCGGUGGCUUCAGCAAGGCACCCAGACCUGCUCCCAUCAAGCCCCUCCAGGUGGAACCCCUCCCUGACUACCCUGAGCUCCAGGGGGACACGGCGGUAAAUCGACCCUCCUUCAACAGAUCUGCUCUCGGGUGGGUGUCGGCGGGCGGUCCAGUCCCCCUCCCUACCGUUUCCCUUGAGCCUAUGCUCAUCCCUGAGUCAGAGGAUCUUUGAACCCAUAAUGAGGUCACACAGGGUUGAUGUCUACUUGGUUGCUGCACCAGUGGUUAUGGUGAGCGCGGUAACAUUGCGGUGAGAACAGAGUCAGGGUGAGAGAAAGCAUCCUGUUGGGCGUUGCUGGUUCAAGUUACCAUGUAUGCAGCAUCCCUUGGUUUUCCAGGGAUGUUAACUAUUGCACUGCACUCAAAAAUGAAUGAAUCAUCCUGUACAGUAGGCAGAGACACUACUAGAAGAAAUGUUUGAUGUAUAUUAAUGUGCAUAAGAGUAUUUUAUCUUGCAGACACAUGUUUUUGCUCAAUAAAAUGCUGUAGAAUUCAA